AUGGCUGCCUCUAACGACCUCCGGGGUUGGGUUAUGAGUGCGGUCUCUGGCAUCGGUGAGUUCUCUCAAUGGGUUUCUUCCUCUUCUUCCAUCUGUGUUUCUUCACGCUCAUGUCAACUAGCUUGUGUCCUUGGAUCGGCCGUCAUCUGUGUUGAUGUGCUGCUACAACGCUUCACUCACGGGAGCAGCUUUCAGAUUGUCUACCACAAUGGUUUUCUCUCUGCCUCUCUCAGUCUCAGUGCCGGAGUAAUUCUGUUCACCUCGUUGUAUAGUAUGCUCCCGACUGCUCGCGAAUACCUGAUGAAAGCUGGCUGGUCCCACGCUCGUUCUGCCUACACACUUAUUGGCUUGUUUCUCGCUGGUGUUAUCGGGAUUCGCCUUCUCUCCGCCUUGAUCCACCGUUAUCUUCCAUCGCACGUGGUGGAUUGCGCCCACACCCACGAGCGCUCACUUCACGACCACCCCGAUCCAGAACGCGGCCAGGUCCCCCACAAACACCACGAGUCCACGGAGCGAACCCCUCUAUUAAAAAAGCACUCAUCCAAUUCCACGUCCGCCGUUGUUGUUGCCCGCCCAGCCCGGGGGGGCCACUCGACCGUUCAGGCUCCCCGCUCCUCCAAUCCCGACCCAUGGCCGGUCCGUUUCACCCGGCGCUGGAAGACAGUUAUGGGAGGUGUCAAGCCCCAGUGUGAUGAAAAUGGUCCAUGCUAUGGGGUUUCUCAGGCUUGUGGCAAUGAAUGCUCCAAGACCCUUGUUCCCACCACCCCCGUCCUCACGGCAGACCAUGCGUCGGGUCCAGUUCCGGAUCUGCCUCCGCCUCUUCACACCACUCCCGAUGGGUCCAGUUCUUCCUCUCAUACGGGGCUGGACGAAGAACCCGGGUCGUCCCUGGCGGAGCCGGACGGGCCUACCAAGCAGCUACCGCUCACAAGCAGCCCGCAACACCAUCAUCACGUCCCCCAGAAUGCGUUUCUAUCGAUUGGACUUCAGACCUCCGUAGCCAUUGCCCUACACAAGCUUCCGGAGGGUUUCAUCACCUAUGCUACCAACCACGCGAGCCCCACCCUUGGCACCACGGUCUUUUUAGCCCUAUUCAUCCACAAUAUUAGUGAAGGAUUCGCGAUGGCUCUCCCCCUGUAUCUGGCCCUCCACUCGCGCGGUUGGGCCAUGUUCUGGUCUAGUCUCUUGGGCGGCAUCAGUCAACCGCUUGGGGCGGCCCUGGCGGCCAUCUGGAUCUGGGGCGCGCAGCGAGCCGGAGGUCACAACCCAUCGGAGGUGUCAUGGGCCGUCUAUGGGUGUAUGUUUGCGGUGACUGCCGGCGUCAUGACUUCCGUCGGGUUGCAGUUGUUCACGGAAGGGUUGGUCUUGACACAUCAGCGGGGUAUGGCGAUCGGGUUUGCCGUCGGAGGAAUGGGGUUGAUGGGCCUAAGUUUUGCCUUGACGGCAUCAUGAAUUUCCGCAUACAAUGGAUGGCGUUAUUUUCUUCUCUAUUUUUCUGUUCCCCUCUUGCGUUCCUCCUCAGGGAAUAAAGCCUCCUCCUUCCUGCACUGUUUAUGCAUCUGUGUGGACUUUGAUUGCGAGUGAGCCUCUUUUUUGUUUUUUUUCCCCCCCCCAGACUAGACAGGUUCUAGAAUCGCUACGAGUGAUGACAUUAAUCUAUACAUAUAUUUACAAGCAAAGCGUUCAGGGCACCUUGAGCAAUCCGGG